GGCAGAAUUGAGUUGGAAACUCAAGCAUAACUCAUAUUUUUGUUUUUUGAGUACUUUCCGCUAGAAAGGAUUGCUACUAAAUUCAAGAAACUGCCCUAGAUGUUUUAAUUUUUGAUUCCGUAUGAGUUUUACCUUGGUACUGUUUAUUUUAUGGACGUAAAACGCCAGAAAAAUAGUCGUUGCAUGGAUGCAAACUGCAGUUGCCUGUAAGCGUUGCUAACAACGUUGAUAAACAAGAUAAGAAUAUGGAAAAUUACCACGUCCUUCAUCUUAUCGGGGAAGGAUCGUUUGGAAAAGUGUACAAAGGAAGACGGAAAUACUCAGGGCAGAUUGUAGCCCUGAAGUUCAUCCCCAAGGUCGGUAGGUCAGAGAAAGAACUCAAAAGUCUGCAAAGAGAAAUAGAUAUCAUGAGAUCACUGGAACAUCCUAAUAUUAUUAAGCUGUUGGAUUCCUUUGAAACUCCCCAAGAGGUUUGUGUAGUGACUGAUUAUGCAGAGGGAGAAUUGUUUCAAGUUUUAGAAGAUGAUGGAUGUCUACCAGAAGAACAGGUUCAAAAGAUUGCUAGUCAGCUUGUCAAGGCUCUCUAUUAUCUACACUCUCACAGAAUACUCCAUAGAGACAUGAAACCACAAAAUAUUCUACUUGGAAAACAUGGUGUUGUAAAAUUAUGUGAUUUUGGGUUUGCUCGUGCUAUGAGUAUAAAUACUCUGGUGUUGACUUCUAUUAAGGGUACUCCACUAUACAUGUCCCCAGAGCUUGUCCAAGAAAGACCUUAUGAUUAUAAUUCUGAUCUUUGGUGA